AGAGAAACCGAUGACAAUAAUCACUGCAGACAUACGUAAUGAGAGGGCAGUGGUUAAGGCACUGGAAGGCGUCGAUUGUGUCAUACAUUGCGCCGCUUUGAUCGACACAAGCCUUUGGCCGGACGUCAAGUCGAUGAACAGCGUUAACGUGGACGGAACUCAAAUAUUGAUCGAUGCGUCCGUUGAGCUGAACGUCAAGUACUUUAUAUACGUUAGUAGUGUGGAUGUGGUGGUGGGGGACGACCCCAUCUAUUUCGGGGCCGAGAAUACCACUCCACUGCCGAAGCGACACAUACUUCCCUACUCUAAGACCAAAUUAGACGCCGAACCACUGACAGCUAACGACUAUAACUACAGACUAGUUUGCAGAACUCAAAUAUUGAUCGAUGCGUCCGUUGAGCUGAACGUCAAGUACUUUGUAUACGUUAGUAGUGUGGAUGUGGUGGUGGGGGACGACCCCAUCUAUUUCGGGGCCGAGAAUACCACUCCACUGCCGAAGCGACACAUACUUCCCUACUCUAAGACCAAAUUAGACGCCGAA